AUGGAGAAAAUAUUGCGCUCUCUAACCCCUAAUUUUGAGCACAUAGUAGUUACAAUAGAAGAAACAAAAGAUUUGGAGGAAAUGACCAUCGAUCACUUAUUGGGUUCGCUACAAGCAUAUGAGGAGAAACAAAAGAAGAAACAAGAAAUUGUGGAGCAACUUUUGAAGUUGCAAGUAAGCCCAAAGGAGAACGAAGAAAGCUCGAGCAAUGGUGGUGGCCCACAAGGAAGAGGUCGUGGACAAAGACAAGAUCGAGGCCGUGGUCGUGGUCGAGGAUAUGCUCGUGGACGUGGACGUGGACGUGGACAAGGAUAUUUUUUCAACAAUGAAGAAAGAAAGGAGUUCCCAAAUAUGGGACGAGGAAGGAGCAAUCCACAGUCGAGGUACGAUAAAUCUUCUAUAGAGUGUUAUAAUUGUCAUAGAUAUGGACACUAUGCUUCCGAGUGCAGAGACACAAAAUCAAAAGUUGAAGAGAAGGCCAAUUAUGUGGAGAAUACGAAUGAAGAAAAUGGAUGUGUUCUUCUAGCUUAUAAAGGAGAUGCUGGAAGAAAAGAUGAUAUGUGGUACCUCGACACGGGAGCGAGCAAUCAUAUGUGCGGGAACAGGAGCAUGUUCGUGGAGCUUGAUGAAUCAGUAAGUGGCAACGUCUCCUUUGGUGAUGAAUCUAAAAUUCCAGUUAAAGGAAAAGGCAAGAUUCUAAUUCGUUUAAAAAAUGGAGCUCAUGAUUUUAUUUCAAACGUAUAUUACGUGCCCAAUAUGAGAAACAAUAUAUUGAGUCUUGGACAACUCUUAGAGAAAGGUUAUAACAUUCACAUGAAAGAUUAUAGCCUUUCAAUAAGAGAUGGCAAAAAUGAUUUAAUUGCCAAAGUGCCAAUUGCCUUCAAGCAUGUUAUAAAGAUAAGUCUUGGCUAUGGCAUCUUCGAUUUGGGCACCUAA